AUGUCCGCGACCACGGCCGAGGCCGUGCGCCGGCUCUGCGCCGCCGGCGAGCUGCGGUCAGCGCUAGCGCAUCUCGCCCGCGGCGCGAAGGCGGGCGACGGGGCGCUGGACGUGGCCGCCUGCACGGCGCUCGUCCACGCCUGCUGCAGGACCGGCGACCUGGCGGAGGCGCGGAGGGUGUUCGGCGCAAUGCCGCGCCUGGGGCUGGCCCCGAACGAGGUCACCUUCACCGCCCUCAUCCACGGCCACUUCGUCCGCGGGCGCAGGGACGAGGGCUUCGCCCUGUUCGACGAGAUGAGGAGGGGCGGGGUCGAGCCGAACAUCUACACCUACAACGUGCUGAUCGGGGAGUGGUGCAGGACGGGGGAGUUUGAGGGCGCCCGCCGCCUGUUCGACGAAAUGCCCGCGAAGGGCGUCGCGCGGAACGCCGUCAGCUACAACACGCUGAUCGCGGGGCUGUGCAGGCACGGCAGGAUGAAGGACGCCGCCCGGCUGCUGGAGACGAUGCGGAAGGAGGGCAUCCGCCCGAGCAUCGUGACGUUCAACCUCCUCGUCGACGGGUAUGGCAAGGCUGGGCAGAUGCCCAACGCCUUGCAUUUCUCCAACCAAAUAAGGGCCGCUGGGCACCAGCCCAACGCUCUGACGCACAAUGCGCUCAUUGCGGGGUUCUGCCGUGCUAGAGAUAUUGCCCGUGCAAACAGGGCGUUCUCUGACAUGAAGGAGCGAGGACUGACACCCACAAAUGGGACCUACACCAUACUGAUUGAUGCAUUGGCCCGGGGCGGUGACAUGGACAAAGCUUUUGAGAUGUUUGCGGACAUGGGGAAGGCUGGUUUGGAGGUGGAUGUGCGCACUUACGGUGUUUUGGUGCAUGCUCUCUGCAUGGAAGGGAACAUGAAAGACGCCAGGAAGCUGUUCCAGUCGAUGGAGGAGAAAGGCGUUAAGGCGAAUGGUGUGAUCUAUGACAUGAUGAUUUUUGGCUAUGGACGAGAAGGGAACUCCUACAAGGCUAUGAAAUUAAUCACGGAGAUGAGGAAGAAUGGCUUGGUUCCAAAUUUCGCUAGCUAUGGCCUGACGAUCCGUAGUCUUUGUAAUGAUGGUAAAUGUCCGGAAGCUGAAGCUCUUAUCAAGGACAUGGUGCAGGCUGGUCUACAACCAAACGAAUCGCUCUCCCAAGCACUACUGCAUGCCAAGGCAAGACAGGGAAGCUCGACCAGUAACUUUUUUACCUAG